CGACAACGAGCCGCCACACUAUGCGCUCGGUUGGUCUGGUUCUGCUCUUGACCUCCUUAUCACGCGCCGCGCGUGUAUACCUCAGCCCGGCGCCAGUGCUCCCUCCAGCUUUGUCUGCAAGUGAUGCAAGCUCGGUUCUUUCCUACCAAUUCGGUCUGGAGUUCCUAGACCAGCAACCCGCGCAUGACCAGAACGGUGGUCAAGAGAUACUUGCAGCACUUUCCGGCGCAAGUCGCUUUGUGGGCCAAGGGCAAAAGAACGGCCUUCUCCUGACGUUGGACGAGGCGGAUGCGCAAGCAGUGAUACCGUCAUCACUUGAACGGACGUUUGUUGUAGAAGGUCUCCCGGAUACCAGCUCCGCGGACUCACUCGUACAGUCCUACCUUCGCCGGGCGCAGCACGCAUAUAGCCACAUCUUCGCCUACGUCGCCGCACCGACACAAAGGGUCACAAGAUUACUUGACCCGUUCUCCGUCUCUUCUACAUCCGCAGAGUCCUUUAUCACCGAACUAUCCUCGAUCGUGAACUUCAUCGAGUCGGACGACAUCUCGUCGGACAAAUUCGGCGCCUUCGAGCUCAACAGCCUUAGAGAAAUCGCUAAGGAGCACGGAAGCGACAGCGAACAGUACAAGCUCGCAGCAGAAGCUGCUCGUGGAUCUAUCCAAAGCGCGCUCGCGAAGGACGACCUCAACCUCGCUGUGAUCGUCUACGAUCGUUCCUCGCCGGCGGGCAGCAGCAUACAGAGAAAGAGGGCCGUCGCCGCUCACAAAGCUCGCCAAACGCAGUCGCCGCUACCACCCUCAUCAUCUUCGGCGCCCGUUGGGUCCGUCAGCCGUUGCUUCGACACCGCCGAUGCCUGCGGAAACGCGACCAACUCGUGCUCCGGCCAUGGCCAAUGCCUGCAAACGACUUCUGCCGGCCGGGCCUGUUUCGUGUGUGCGUGCGGGCAGACCAAGAACGAGAAGGGGAAGGUCGAGUCAUGGGCUGGCGAAUCCUGUGAGCGUAAGGACAUCAGCGGCCCAUUUGCUCUGAUAGCUGGGACAACGAUUGCCCUCCUGCUGAUGAUCAUCGGUUCGGUGUCGCUCUUGUCCUCAAUUGGUGGUCAGGAACUCCCAGGGACGUUGACUGGUGGAGUAGCAGGCUCGAAGCGAGACUAGUAGUCUUAGUAGCAAGGACAAGACUUGUACAGGUACACGACUCCUAUUAAUUGUCAU